AGUGACGUGAUGACGAUGGAACUUUUUCCCACUUCCAAGCUUUGCACUCUUAAACCUUUCUUCCUCAUCUUCUUACUACUACUCACAUCAACCCAUGCAACCCCCUCCUCAAGCUCAAACUUAUUUCGAGAAUACAUUGGAGCUGAGUUCAACAACGUUAAAUUCUCUGAUGUUCCCAUCAACCCAAGUGUCCAAUUCCACUUCAUUCUCUCCUUCGCAAUCGACUACGACACCUCAUCAUCCCCCUCUCCCACCAAUGGAAAGUUCAACGUCUUUUGGGACACCGACAACCUUAGCCCCACCCAAGUUUCUGCCAUCAAGAGAAAAAACUCAAACAUCAAAGUAGCCCUAAGUCUCGGAGGGGACAGUGUCGUCGGAGGUGGCAACGCUAACUUCAAUCCAUCUUCCAUUGAUUCGUGGGUUUCCAACGCGGUUUCUUCACUCACAAGCAUCAUCAAAGAGUACAACUUGGAUGGAAUUGACAUUGACUACGAGCAUUUCAAGGCAGACCCUGAAACCUUUUCUGAGUGUCUGGGAAGGCUAAUCAAAACCCUAAAAUCCAAUGGGGUCAUUUCUUUUGCUUCUAUUGCUCCAUUUGACGAUGACCAAGUUCAGAGUCACUACUUGACCUUGUGGAAGAGUUACGGGAACCUCAUAGAUUAUGUUAACUUCCAAUUUUAUGCGUAUGAUAAGGGCACUACCGUGGACCAAUUUAUUGGUUACUUCAAUGCACAAAGUUCAAACUAUAACGGUGGAAAAGUCUUGGUGAGUUUCAGUACUGAAGGGAGUGGUGGGUUAUCCCCAGAUGGUGGGUUCUUCACGGCUUGCCAUACACUAAAGAGUCAGCAAAAACUCCAUGGUAUCUUUGUGUGGUCUGCUGAUGACUCGAUGUCAAAUGGUUUCCGCUAUGAGAAGCAAUCACAGGCCCUUUUAGCUUUACCUUAGUAAAUUGAAGUAAAGUGGUAUGUUGAAGAACAACUUUAGUAUAUAUGUAUUGGUACUCUUGAGACUCGGUAUAUGUUGUGGAUGUAUGCAUGCAUGAUGAUAUCUAUUGUUAGAUAAUAUUAGAUAUAUUAGCUAAGGAAAGUUUAGUCGUUCCAUCAUUUAUAUAUUACUCUUUUGUGUCUUGUAUUAUACAUACUUCACAGAUUGCUAAUGUUAUAGAACCCU